CAAUGGACACUGCCAGCCAUAGCCUUGUUCUUCUCCAACAACUGAACAUGCAGCGAGAAUUUGGUUUUCUGUGUGAUUGCACAGUUGCAAUUGGAGAUGUUUACUUCAAAGCCCACAGAGCGGUGCUUGCUGCUUUUUCUAACUAUUUCAAGAUGAUAUUUAUUCACCAAACAAGUGAAUGCAUAAAAAUACAGCCAACUGACAUCCAACCUGACAUAUUCAGCUAUUUGUUGCAUAUUAUGUACACGGGGAAAGGGCCAAAGCAGAUUGUGGAUCAUAGUCGUUUGGAGGAAGGGAUUCGAUUUCUUCACGCCGACUACCUUUCUCACAUUGCAACUGAAAUGAAUCAAGUGUUCUCACCGGAGGCUGUGCAGUCCUCAAAUUUAUAUGGCAUUCAGAUCUCAACAACCCAAAAAACAGUUGUGAAACAAGGACUGGAGGUCAAAGAAGCUCCUUCUAGUAACAGUGGAAACAGAGCUGCUGUCCAGGGUGACCACCCCCAGUUACAGCUGUCUCUUGCUAUUGGUCUGGAUGAUGGCACUGCAGACCAGCAGAGGGCCCAUCCUGUCACCCAGGCACUGGAGGAGCACCAGAAGCCCCCAGUUUCCAUCAAGCAGGAGAGAUGUGACCCAGAAUCUGUGAUCUCCCAGAGCCACCCCUCACCCUCAUCAGAGGUGACAGGCCCCACUUCUACUGAAAACAGUAUCAAAAUACACUUAUGCCAUUACUGUGGGGAACGUUUUGAUUCCCGUGGUAACCUAAGGCAACAUCUCCAUACACAUGUGUCUGGAUCCCUGCCAUUCGGUGUCCCUGCUUCCAUUCUGGAAAGCAAUGACCUUGGUGAAGUGCAUCCCCUUAAUGAAAACAGCAAGGCCCUUGAAUGCCACAGGCUCAGCUCCUUCAUUGUUAAGGAGAAUGAACAGCAGCCAGACCACACCAACCGGGAUACCACAGAGCCUUUGCAGAUCAGUCAAGUAUCUUUGAUCUCCAAAGACGCAGAGCCAGUAGAAUUAAACUGUAAUUUUUCUUUUUCAAGGAAAAGAAAAAUGAGCUGUACCAUCUGUGGUCAUAAAUUCCCUCGAAAGAGCCAAUUGUUGGAACACAUGUAUACACACAAAGGUAAAUCUUACAGAUAUAACCGAUGCCAAAGGUUUGGUAAUGCAUUGGCCCAGAGAUUUCAGCCAUACUGUGAUAACUGGUCUCAUGUCUCCCUGAAAAGUUCUCGCUUGUCACAAGAACACUUAGACUUGCCUUGUGCCUUAGAGUCAGAGCUUACACAAGAAAAUGUGGAUGCUAUCCUAGUUGAGUAGCAGCUUCUCUUUCAGAAUUUUUAUACCAAUUCUGAAAAAGAAAAUUCGCAUGGCAUUUUUUAUUCAUAAAUUAUUUUCCUCCUCAAGUUUGGUUGACUUUUUUUCUUCACAGCUUAUCCAUGGUUUUAAGGUUGUAUAUAUUAGAUCUUCUCAUAAGACAUACUAAUAUGUGGCUAUUAAAAUGUAACAUUCAAUUACUACUGUGAACUUUUCACAAAUGAAAUUACAAUUUAGAAAUCAGAAAUCAAUGUAGAAAUAUGGAAACUUUAUUUAUAGAAUUUCUAAGUUUUUCCAGUUACAGAACCAGUAAAAUCAGAUUGAAUAUAAAGUAAAUGAAAUCUGUUUUAAAGCAUAUUCUAAACUAUCACUUCUGCCUACAUUUCACAUGAAUUCACUCCUGCAAGGAUUAUUUUUAAAUGUUUUCUUCCAUAUAGGAAAUUAAUACUUAUUUUAGUGCAUAACUAUAUGUUAUACAUAUGUUAUAAUGUAUAAAAAUUUAUUUUAAGAUAUACCAAA